AUGGGCGAUGUUCCUUCUGGAAAGGUUAACUCAUCCCGAGGGGCCGAUGGGAUACCCGCGACACCCGAGCCCGAUGUAUCCAACACGCCGCCAACUGGAAUCACCAAUGCUGGUCAACCCACACAACUAGCCCAUGCCAGGUAUCCGACAAGCCCGAUAGGCUUCCCGGCCCCCGGGCGAUAUGCGCACUCAUCUGCUUUGGACAUGGGCAAUAUGACUUAUUCGCUGCCUGGUCACCAGUCCCAGCCAUCAUCGUAUGAACAACAGCACCUCAUUCACCAUUACCCGGCCCACGCCCAAGGCUUGGUCUAUCCUAUACCGUCGAUGGGCCAUUAUCCUGGACAGAACCCGGGGACAGGUGGUCCAUACGGUGUCCCUUACGCACCAGCAUAUGCGCAUUACCCCAUACCACAACACCCGGGAACGGCGCCGUAUGGGGGUCAUUAUACUCCUUUUGUUGCAAACCCGUCAAUGCAAAAUAUGGGCCCCGGGCACGUGCAGGCUUACAGUGCUGGCUACUAUCACCCAACCUACAGCACGCCUUACGGAACAGGCAGCCACCCUUUGGUCAACCCAGUGCGACAUCAGGGACAACAGAUUCGACAAAAUUCUCGUGGAUCCUCCUCGACAAGUCCUACAAAGAGAGAUUUGGAUAAACAAACAGCGGAGGCAGAGUACGAUGUGUCCAAGACCAUUGUGGAUGGAUCCAAUCCAGUGAAGCUGAUGGUGCAAGCGACACCGAACGUGCCUGAUGCUGCUCCUCUAUCCCACACAAUGCCUUCGUCUCCAAAUCCACCACGAGGUCCCCCACGAAAGCCGAAACAAUCCGGUCAUGCGCUUUGGGUGGGAAAUCUACCACCGGGUGCCAGUGUUAUAGAUCUGAAAGAACAUUUUUCCCAAGAUGCCGCGGACGAUAUCGAGAGCGUGUUUCUGAUUUCGAAGAGCAAUUGUGCAUUUGUGAACUACAAAUCUGCGCCCGCGUGCGCCACCGCACUGGCAAGAUUUCACGAUUCUCGCUUCCAAGGUGUACGUCUGGUUUGUCGGCUACGAAAGGGGUUUACGACUCCAGAAUCCUCGUUGACAGUGGGUGUUGGUGGACCGGGUUCACGCCUACGGUCAGAAGAAACGCCUGCUCCGCCAGUGGAUGAGACGACCGCCGCCACAUCGGAGAUGACUUCUGCCGCUGCAGCCGCCAUUCGGGGAGAAGAUGCUCGAUCUGUGGAUCGGUAUUUUGUGGUCAAGAGCUUGACGGUGGAGGAUCUUGAACUCAGCAAGCUGAGUGGUAUCUGGGCGACUCAGACUCAUAACGAGACCAACCUCAACCAAGCCUUUGAAACUACUGAGCGCGUGUAUUUAAUUUUUUCCGCCAACAAGUCCGGUGAGUAUUUUGGAUAUGCACGGAUGCUUUCUCCGAUCAGCGACGACGAAGAACUAGCGCUGGAGAUGCCCGCCCGCCCCGAGCCUGUGCCCAGCACGGUCGAGAAACUCGAAGUGACCCUGACGGCGGCGACGGCGAACGCGCCCAAAGGCCGGAUCAUCGACGAUGAGGCUCGGGGCACGAUUUUCUGGGAGGUGGAGUCCUCCGAGGAUGAUGCGGAUGACGCGCGCAGCGAACGCAGUGUUGAAGGCGGUCUCGGUGAGGAGGAACACGAGAGCCAGUCAUUUGGUAAACCGUUUCGCAUUCAGUGGCUGUCGACUGAGCGGGUGCCGUUUCACCGCACGCGUGGGUUACGCAACCCGUGGAAUGCCAACCGUGAGGUGAAGAUCGCUCGCGACGGAACUGAAAUCGAGCCGACGAUCGGCCGAAAACUGAUUCAGCUGUUCCAUUUGCCUUCGCAUUGCUAA